CUUCACUUCGACUUCCGGCCGUUCGGGUGUCGGCAUUUCGCGAUGUAAACAUUAUCUAGUUUUGGGAUUGGGACGCGUUUAGGCGACAGUCGGGAAUGAAGUGUGCUCAAGGUGCUUUUGUGUUGUUAAAUUCGCUUGAGUGUGCUUACUGGUAUGGCGCAAUUUUCGAAAGACGCGGUAUGGUAUGGUUCGCCCGCGAUACACUUCAGUCGCGUUGGUGGCUGCAUGCGAUUUGACGUAUUCUGCGCGUGUGAUGUCACUUGUCAGCUUAUUUUAUGAAAUGUCAAACGUUUUACAUGUAACGCGCGAGUGAAUUGUAAACAAAUUGACAGUGAAAUUGAUAUUGAUGCAGUGAAAAUUUUAACCGAGUGACAUGGACUGUUAUUACUCGAAAUUUUACCCGCGGCGUAAGUGACAAAUGGAUGGUACUCGGUGAUCGGUCAUGAUGCAUCCAGCUGGGUACUACGCUAACCUUGCGAGCGGCGCGCUCGCAGCCGGCACGAUUGCGUCCCCGUGGAGCGCAGCGGCCGGCGCGCCCGACACCAACGGCUCGGGCGGCGCCGACGCCAAGCACCUCGACGUCGGCGAUGCGAGUGACGAUGAAAAGGACUUGUCCGCAGCGGACGCGGAGGGUGUCUGGAGCCCCGACAUCGAACAGAGUUUCCAGGAGGCUCUGGCCAUCUACCCUCCCUGCGGCCGGCGCAAGAUCAUCCUCUCUGACGAGGGCAAGAUGUACGGAAGGAACGAGUUGAUAGCAAGAUACAUAAAACUAAGAACUGGCAAAACUCGCACACGGAAACAGGUGUCAUCACACAUACAAGUGUUAGCUAGGCGGAAACUACGCGAGAUACAGGCCAAACUGAAAGUGGACGGGGGUGUGAUGAAGGAAAAAGCAAUGCAGUCGAUGAGUGCCCUAUCCAGUGCUCAGAUAGUAGCCGGGCUGCCGCACCCUGCGUACCACCAUACGCAAUUUUGGCAGCCUGGACUACAAGCGGGCACAUCUCAAGAUGUGAAGCCGUUCCCCGGCGCGGGGUACAAGGGCGUCCCAGUCGGCGGGGUGGGUGUAGCUGGAGGCACGGACGUGGCGCCGCCACCGCCGUGGGAGGGACGAGCCAUAGCCACGCACAAGCUGCGGCUCGUCGAGUUCUCAGCCUUCGUCGAACACCCUCGGGAUCCAGACACGUAUCCCCCGAGUACGGCGCCCGCGCAGCACUUGUUCGUUCAUAUAGGUGGUACAGUCACAUACGCAGAUCCCUUAUUAGAGUCAGUAGACGUGCAGCAGAUAAACGACAAGUUCCCAGAGAAGAAGGGCGGGCUCAAGGAGCUCUACGAGAAGGGCCCUCGGAACGCGUUCUUCCUCGUCAAGUUCUGGGCGGACCUGAAUACCAAUAACCUGGACGACCCCGGCGCCUUCUACGGGGUCACCAGUGUGUAUGAAAGCAACGAAAACAUGACGAUAACAUGCAGUACGAAAGUCUGCUCUUUCGGCAAACAAGUCGUGGAGAAGGUAGAGACAGAGUACGCUCGGUUCGAGGGCGGCCGCUUCGUAUACCGCAUCCACCGCUCGCCCAUGUGCGAGUAUAUGGUCAACUUCAUCCACAAGCUCAAACACCUUCCCGAGAAGUAUAUGAUGAACAGCGUCUUAGAAAACUUCACUAUACUUCAGGUGGUGUCCAAUAGAGAUACUCAAGAGACGUUGUUGUGUGCGGCGUUUGUGUUCGAAGUCUCAAACAGCGAGCACGGGGCGCAGCACCACAUCUACAGGCUCGUCAAAGACUGAACCCUCAGGAGCUAGCCUCUCUACCAUUCCUGUACAAUCUUCUGUUCGUUACUAGCGCCAUCUACGCCUUCAACCAGGACAGCUUUGAAUCCAGUCGUGGUUAGAGGAUUUUCUGAGAGCCUGCAUCAAUCUGAUUAGCGUUUAUCCACCUAUUGUUGGUUGCUCUUCUCUCUUUAAUACUCUCCUUUCCUGUCCUAUGCAACUCUUCCACUACUAUCCGGCAUACUUCACUAUGUCCUUGAUUAUAGGGCUGUCUGCCUCGAAAUGGUAGGUUCAGCAUUUUCUUGGCUACCGCUUUUGUCGAUCUUUUUCUGUAUCCUUUUCAUCUUCACGCCUUCAUCAUUUGGUAAUUUCAAUACUAUAUUUGAAAAAUGUUUUUUUUUGCUUACGGCUCUCAGUUUUCUUCUGCAAAAUCUGUUUUAGUAAACAAAAGUAUCCAAAUCGACGUGAAACAUAUUGGUAUUUUAUCAUCAGUAUCAAAUUACAGAGCACACGUGUUUUAUUAUCAAAAAAGGUAUGAAUGUAAGAUAUACCAAGAUGGCGCUUGUUAUACGGAAGGGACCGCACCAUCCCAACAGAAUACUGAAUCCGAUUGGAAUAAGCAAGGACUGCCGUGGACCUAUCGACUUGCUUUAACUACUAUAUUGUACCUGUAAGUCUGCAUGUGGGUCUUCCCAAACCUUGGCAAGGUUCCAACCGGCACAUCACAUUAAUAAGACAAAUCAAAAAGAAAAAAACGUUAUUGACAUAGAAAAAUGUGAUCUGAAAAUUACGCUACAAGUAUUUUUGUAACUGAAUGUUUAUUGUAUAGCUCAAUUUUGAAUAUCUCUAUUAUAAUUCUGAUACUUUGUGAUUUAAACAGCUCUUGGAGUCUUAGGUACGUCCUUAGCCUGUUUUUUUCUUUCCCAACAACAAGCAGAAGUAUCAAUAUUUUACAUAUUUCUUAAUAUAUUGUUCAGCAUAGUUGCGUGUAAAAUAAUGUCAAAUAAGAUGAUUAUAGAAUUGAAUACACACAGUGCCUCUAAUAAUUAUGUUACAUUAACAUAAAUUACGAGCAUGUUUAGUCUUUUCACUGCGUUUCGGGAAUGUCGCUCGUCAGUGAAAGGGUUAAAAUUUAGUGUAGGGUACCGAGAUCAUAAAUAAGUUUGAUAAGUAUAGAAUUAUUAAGGAGAUGUCAAGUAAACUAUAUCAGUUGUUAAUUGCUCGUGGUACAAUUUUAUCUUUUACUUUCUUGUAUAGUUCUUCGGCGUGGCAACUACAUUCUCAUGGCCACUUUUGGAGGCUGAUUGUAGACUUUUGUGAGGUGAUAGUUGAAUUCAAAUAUGUAACUUAUAACUAACAACCUAUGGGUUAGCUCAGACCAAAAGAAAGGUCAGCGAAAAGGUGAACUUUCUGGAAACGUCUAAUAAUUAACUUCAGUAACAUUAUCAUAAAGUGCUCUCUUCGAGGAGCCCAAAGACGACGCGAGCAUUUUUCGAAUUUUUGUCAUUGUCGAAAUUAAGCAUUUAUGAGAAUGGUAAUAAAGUUAUUAGUUCAGUGUUAUCAGAAAGUGAUCGUCCGUUCUCUGCUCUUGGUCUACGCAAUGAUCAUGAACAAUUACCUAACUAAAAUAAUUUGACAAGUAUCUAAAAUUAUCUAUAACUCGAGCUAGGUUUAGGGAAUUUUGCGUUCGAAUUUCAAAUCAAAUCGACGAGUCGAUCAUUGCUUUAAAAAUAUAAGUUCUAUUGUAUAAAUGCCUAACUAUCACUCGAUCAAAAGUCUAUACCAAGUCUACCUUUUAGUAUUCAUUUAGAUUCCUUCAUUUAUGCUUUUUAUACAUUACUUUUAGGUCUUUCAAGACGUAGCAUUUCAAUUGUAUUUAGUUUACAUCUCGUCAUUUAGUUAUGAUUAACUAAAGUCUUUGCCACUAUUGAAAUAUUGUACAUAUUCUAACAUAAACGUACCGCGCGUUAUAGUGUUCUGUUCAAAUGUUCACAUGUGAAAAGUUAUUAAUAUUCGUAUAAGAUCCGAUGAUGAGAGACUUCCGGGGCCACGUUCUCUAAUAAAAAUAUAGAUGGAACUGUAUAACGCUGCCUUAGUUUAUCCUCCUAAUUUCAUGGAUUUCAGAAAUAUGCAUCUUUUGGCAUAAUGAUGACCCUUGUUAUUACACCCAGGCACAACGCAUCUUCCAACUUCCAACCAUUAUUAUUCUUAUCAAAAUAAAGAAUACAACAACAACAUAAUAGGGUAGUUUCCAAAUAGUCAAAUCAGUUACUUUUUACUAAACGUCCAAACACGAAAUUACUAUGGAAAGUAUGAAAACGCAAACUGGGACGUCAUAGAAAAACGUGAAAAAAUGUCGCUUUUAUUAUUAAAUUUUUCACAUUUAAAAAAAAAAUAUAGUAAUUUUCGCGUAGGAGUUAAACAGCGCUAUCUAUAUUUGUUUCGGAGAACGUGACCUGGAAAGUCUAUAGUUAUCAUUUCAUGUCCAAAACAUUCUUGAACUACUUUGUUAUGUUUAUUGUAUUAGCUAGUCGUCCCUAGCUAGCACUGGCAGCUGAAACAUAUUAUAAUAAACUUUUUUUUCAGUUAUUUCUCUCGCAGCAAUAAGGUCGCUCUUUCUUUCAAUUUUCAAAGUACAAACGAGUGCCGGGUCCAACUGCGGCUUCCCGAUUAUACAAUAAGUGUCAACGUGGCAAUGAUUUGAUCUCUCUUUUAGUCAAAUAUUUUUAGGUCCUGCCGUACUGUGCGUCUAGCACGUUAAGGUGUGUGCAGACGUCGUGUAAAAAGGCGUGUGCGCCGCGCGAGCGUACAAUAAGGAACUCUCCGCUUCCCACCCGCGGCUGAGCUAGGUUAACCCCCUCCACCCCUCGGUCAUACUUUAGUCUUCAAUCGUACGGGCGUCAGACGUAACACACAGAUGUGCGUGUACGAUAGAAUGUGUAGGGUCUGUGUAAAACGAGUUGGUUUGUAUGAAGUGCCCGGGGCGAGGCAGCCUGUGCUGCCUGUCACUCAGUUACUUACUUAUGUAAACAUGAAAUCGACCUCGCGCCGUCACAUGCCUCGUGUCGUCUGUAACCACCUUUACAUUUAUACAGUGUUAUUUUAUGUGCAUUAAAUAGCGUUUAGUUUCAAGACAUGAGGUAGGCAAAUAUUAUCUUAGAUAAUAAUAAUAAUAAGAGAUUUUUGUAUUUAUUAAAUAGAGUUAUAUUAGAUAAAUUGUAAAGUGAAUAGUUAUAAGUAAGUUCUUUUUUUCAUAUAUGGCGAUGGUCGUUCAUGGCGUUUUGAGUAAAGUUGUCAGUCUAGUACUUAAGCGUUUGAACUUAAUUUUUUGUUGCGAUAGAUUUUACUUCUUGUUUCCAAGUCGAAUCCACUUUCUGAAGAUGUUAGAGCUAGUGGGUGCGUUUAGCAAAGUUUUGCAAUACAGUCAUGAGCAAUAUCAUGUACUUACCCACUUUAGAACCCUGUCGCACUAUCAUAUUUGACAUUUAAUGAGACUAACGGAUUAAUUUGUCAAAAAAGUUAAUGUGACAUGGUUUCAAAGUGUACACUGUACACAUAUUGGUACUCGUGGCGGUACAUCCGGAUUGUAAGAUGUUAACUCAAACCUUCCUCGGCAUUCUCAGUUGAGGGGAACUUAAGGAAGGCCUCGAACGCAGUUCGAAAUUGGUAUUCCAACGGCGAUUCAACCUUAUCUCGAAUUAUCUCCAGUGAGGUAUGACAUUAUUAUAUUCGUAUUAUUAUGUUGGCAGUAUGAUAUUGUCGACUCGAGUAGUCGUCAAAUUGAUGACGCAAAUGUCAACUUAAAAUACCGAAAUGCUCAACUGAGGCCGAGCCUAGUGGAGGAAGUUUCGAGUUAACAUCUUAGAAUAUGGAUGUAGUGUUCAAUAAUUGUGAGAAAGAAGCAAAAGAGAUCUGCCUUGUUGUGAUUUUAUACUUUAACGUUAUAAUUGUAGUACUCAAAUGAGAUUAACUCUACUCUAUUCGACUCUUUUGCUAUUUAGUUAUUAUGGUAUUGUUUGGAAAAGCAAAUGGCAAUAUUCGUUAGUAUCAAUACAUUUUCGUAAAUUGUAAAUAGAUGAACUUUAGUGCAUUUCCUUCAGUUGUAGUGUUUUAAGCGACUUUUGCUUUUCUAUAAGUCUUUCAUAUCGACAGUCUGCCAUAUCAAGAUGAGAAUAUAAAAGAUUAGUCGGCGGAAUUGGAGAGGAUCAUUUGCUUGACCGUUGGGACAAUAACACAGGUUAUUGAAAAUGUUCAGUUUAUAUGUUAGGCCGCUCACCUUAUGCAACACACGGCCACGCUCAUCUUCGCUUUGUAUGUAAUUGUAAGGGAGAUCGUCCACUGAAACACACGUCUACACUUUGUAUAGUGACGUAUACUAUGACUAGUUAACAUGAGAAUCGUGCGUUUCAGUGGUUAUUGUAUUCAUCCUUUAAAGUUUCUUGAAUCACAGUUUGAUAUUAAACAUUCAAGAUUCCAUACUGGCUUCUUUGAGAAUGUCAGAAUAACCAGACCUAUUGAUUCUUGAAAGUUUCAAGGGUGUAUAAAUAACAACUGUAUGUAAAAUAUUGGUUACUUACUUUAUAACACCGUUGUUUUUAUGUUACAAAGCAAAUGAUUGCCUACAAGACUAGCCGACAUUGUGUACAGUAUUUUAAAUAUAAUUUACGUUAAAGAUUUGUAUGAAAAUUUAAUUAUAUUGUCUUCUUAAAAG